CAUUCCCCUGAAAAAUAAAAAUAUGAAAAAUAAGUUGAGUGCUUUUGUGGUUGCGGUGUUUCCUUUGAGGAAGUGAAAGCAAUUUUUGAUGGGAAACCGGCUACAUUCUCUGCAUGUCAGUAGUGCGCUGCGGCUGAAGUGAAAAGUUGAGAAGUGGAAUGAAAUGCCGUAAAGUUUUAAUUGAAUAACUUGCGUGUGCCAAAAUAUUCACGGGACAUUCUGUCUCAACCUGGUGGGAAUAAUUUCAGGAACGGUGCAGAACAAAAAAUCACGAACGAGUGUGUAGAUGCGGAAUCAAAUCCGACCAAUCGGAGCCGCUGCAUCAUAAUAAAACGCUCAUACAUUAAUCCACCGUAUCCACGUUGACUGACGGCUUUCUUGACAAGCAUCCCACCUUAUCGAAUGGUCCGUUGUCCUGCCCGACGACGUCAGGUUUGACCAUCAAUCCUGCAUCCAGCCCGGCAACAUCUCGGACCGUGCUGCCACAUAUUGCGCUGCCAUCAUCGUGGGUCCCUUUUCGCAUCAAGUCCCCCCCAGCAGGACGGAAGAAUGUGGAAAGUUAAUUAAAAGAUUUCGCCGAGUCUCCGCCAUUAGAAUACCAUCGAAGCUCCCCCGCCAGCCGAAGGACGACGGGUGGGAAUCGAUUUCAGCCCACCCGGAUUUGCUUUUAUUGUGAUACACACGGAGGCACGGGCAGGUGGAACGGUGCGACCAUCAUCGGGCCCCGAACACGUAAUGAGACAAGAAGGAUGACAAAUUAAAAAGUUUUCUCCUGACAAGUUGCAAGACGAGGGUGAAACCAAGUGAACCAACUGGAGCGGGGAUUUUUCCAUGUCAAAAGGUAUCCAACCUCUGUGCCGCUGCUGAUGCCGAAGCCACGAAAUAACAUAAUUGUGUAAACAGCAGUAGUGUGUAGGCGCCGAGUGUGUACAAUUCGAAGAACCGGUAGCCCGGAAUCUUGUGUGUGUGCGCGUGGUGGGGGAUUGCGGUUGUGCCCCACGUCGUGUGGUUUGCGGCAUUGUUCCGAAAGUGCAAGGCAAGCCAAUUGUCUGCGGUCCCCGGGUCCUGGGCACGGAAAAGAUGACUGACAUGCUGCGGAGCUGUAGCUGCUUCCAGCGUACCCGGCGCGGGUCCAGCUUCGAAGAUUCCUCGUCCUGUCGGUCGUCGGAGAUCGAACGGGGCGGCGAGCUGACUCCGCACAGUGGCAGCCUGCUCAAGUUGUUCACCUCCCGGGGGUGGUGCCGGCAGUGGAGGAAAACCGGCCGCGGCAUGAGCAUGACCAAGAUUGAACGGACAAUGAAGGCCGCCAUCCUGAUCCAGCGAUGGUACAGGCGGUUUCUGGCGCGAAUCGAAAUCCGCCGCCGGUACACGUGGACCAUCUUCCAGAGCAUCGAGUAUGCUGGCGAGCAGGAUCAAGUUCGGUUAUACAACUUUUUCAACGCACUGCUAACGCACAUUCCGGAAACUGCGGGGCGACCCAUCGACUCGCAGGAAACCUCCCGAUCAUCCUCAAAUGAGGCUCUUGAUUUGAAAUUUUCGGACGAAUCGGACGACCUUGCGGACGAAGGCAUCUGUGCCCCGGAGCGAAGUUACCAGGGCCCUCACAUCAAAUUCCCACUGGACAAGAAGGAGCUGGACGUGAUCAUCGAUUUGUUUCGGAAAAAGAAAAACCGCUUGCAUGCCAAAUACGUUGCGGGUAUCCUUCGGGAAGCAACCUCUAAACUGAAACGACUGCCAAAUUUGAACCAAGCCUCGACGGCCAUCUCCAAGCAGGUCACAAUCUGUGGUGAUUUGCAUGGGAAGCUGGACGAUCUGCUGGUUGUUUUCCACAAGAAUGGCCUGCCAUCGCCGGAGAAUCCGUACGUCUUCAACGGAGACUUUGUGGACCGCGGCAAGAAGGGCCUGGAAGUGUUCCUGCUGCUGCUCAGCACGUUCCUAGUUUUCCCGGGCGGUGUUUUCCUGAACCGGGGCAACCACGAGGACACCGUCAUGAACGUCCGGUACGGGUUCGUGCGGGAGGUCCACCAAAAGUAUAAACACAACGCCGAAAGACUGCUCAAGCUCAUCGACGAGGUCUACCGGUGGCUUCCGCUGGGCACGAUAGUUAACAAUCGGGUGCUGGUGGUGCACGGGGGCAUUUCCGAUUCCACCGAUCUCGAUCUGAUCCGGAGUCUGGAUCGGGGCAAGUACGUUUCUCUUUUACGGCCACCUAUCACCGAGAGUUCAGCCCCAGGAGCGGAAAUCAUUGACAAAGUAGAAUGGAAGCAGGUAUUCGACAUUCUCUGGAGCGAUCCACAACACAACGAAGGCUGUCGACCCAAUUCGCUGCGCGGUGCCGGCACCUAUUUCGGUCCGGACGUGACCAACAAGUUCCUACAACGGUACAAGCUGCAGUAUCUGGUGCGGUCGCACGAGUGCAAACCCGAUGGACACGAAAUCAUGCACGGCGGCAAAGUCAUCACGAUAUUUUCCGCCUCCAACUAUUACGAAAUCGGUUCCAAUAAGGGGGCAUACCUCAAACUGGACCCCCAGCUGGACACCCACUUUGUGAUGUACACAGCGGCGGCAUCGAAGACACGCAAGCUGACCUUCCGGCAGCGCGUCGGCUUGGUGGAGAGCUCGGCACUGCGGGAACUGGCAGCACGGCUCCGAGAACGGCGGGUGGAGCUGGAACGGGAGUUCACCUCCCGUGAUACGCAGAAUACGGGUACGCUCACCGUCACCAAGUGGUGCGAAGCGAUGGAAGCCGCCACCAAUCUGGGUUUGCCGUGGCGGAUGCUUCGGGAGAAACUGGCUCCGGUGGAUAACCCGACCGCAGCCACUACCGCUUCCGUGUCGGAAGUGAGCUACCGAAAGACGCUGCACCUGCUCGAUACGGACUCGUUUAAAUGUGCCCAAAAUGGAACCGGAUCGGUGGCGGAAUCGCUGUACAAGAACAAGAGCAGCUUGGAGGCAAUAUUUCGAAUACUGGACAAGGACAACUCGGGACAGAUUUCGCUGGAGGAGUUCGGCGAAGCAUGCGACCUGCUGGAGAAGCAUUUCCCACACAACACCCACGAGCAGCUGCUGGACAUGUGCCGGAUGAUGGACAUCAACAAGGACGGGCUGGUUGAUUUGAAUGAGUUCCUGGAAACGUUCCGGUUGUGCGAGAACGCGAAGGCACAGUUGCUGGAGCAACUGCAGGAGACGGCCCUCGCGAAGGAGGGCGAGAACGGCGAAAAGUCAGACAAGGGUAAGAAGGACAAGGGGACCAAAUCGAACGGGGUUGCCAAACGUAAGGGGAACAAAAAGCGAAACAGCGAUAAAAAGAUUGAUCCUUCCAAAAUAGCAGAAGAUUCGGAAGAAUACGAAACGGAUUACGAGGCGAACGAGGAGGACAAUGAAGUGAAGAAGAGUAGGUCGGCCGCUGCAGCGGCAUCGGCAGCUUCGUCGGCGGUGGCCUCAGCUGCCAGUGCGAACGCAAAUCGAACUUAUAAAUUCAAGAUAAGAUGAGUGAAGAAUUAGAACGGGAUCAAUGCUUAUUACAAAUAGUUGAAGUAGAUGAAUUUCUCGAUUUUAUCACAGGAAAAGAAGAAAUGGCAGAACAAAUAAGUGGAAGAGUUUAUGCUUGCAUGAUGCUAUGCCGAGGAUUGAAAACAAAUAUGAAACUUACCAAAUAAACCAAAGAGAUUUGUCACUGCGACAAGUAAAAUAUAAUCGAAUAACAGCUUUAAUGAAAGAAUUGAAAGUAAAUGAUACAAAUCUUGAAAAGAUGAUCCUAAAAUACCUGGUAAGACACACAUUAUAUAUCAUUAAGAUUAAACUUUCAAUCAACUUCUACGUGUACCAAGCAAACCGAUGGUUUCCCAUUGCAAACCUACCUUCAACUGUUUUACAUAGAUGUGAAGUUCAAAGAAAAUAAUGAAACCUAAUGCACCCAGCGAUAAACACUGGCCAAUAUCGAAGUAAAUCAAAUUUACAAAUCACCUCUUUUCCCUUUUUCCUCUUGAUGCACCACCAUUUUUCGAACUAUUUGAUAAACCUCUAGCAAAAAAUAUAGCCAUUCGUAAGCACCAAAGUUAAACUAAAAGAAACAUAUUUCGAAAGUCACGUUUGGUGUUAGCUGUUUUAUAAAGCCCAUCGGUUAAACUAAAGAGAAAAUCAAGCGUUAUAAUCUGCCAAAAUUUACAUAACUACAAGCAUUAUAUAACGAAUAUUUGAGAAAAAUAAGCGAUUAAGAAAAACCAAACAUAAACUGAUAUGAAAUACUCACCGUUUGCCGUUUUGCUGGACGAAUUGAUUUUCACCUAAGUUGUUUUAGCCACAUACAACCGUGAGCGAUGUGGACUAUGAGUAUUGUCGUUAAGCCUGACUUGAUAUAAAUAAAAGACUUUUAUGCGAAUGUUGCCGCUACUUAGAUAUAGUACCGGGAAGCCGAAGAAAUAGACUCAUUAGUUGUAAAUGAUUUUCAGUCUGUUGAUUUGCACGUUUACGGCAUAAGGUUGAGGAUGUUUGAAUGAGCGAUUGUAAGUUGUGUGGUAGAAAAGCAAUGACUAAUUUAUUGAACGAUGCGCUUUUUUUAUGUAACUCAAUGAUAAUUAGUCGGAUAACGAUAAUGAUGACAAAGCGAUUGAACAAGACAAACCAAAUAGAUUGAUUUUAGACUUUUUAGAGUUUUCUACCGAAGCAGCGUUAUUGAAUACAAGUUUUCCUAUUUAGUGUUUUUCGGUCCUAAGAGUAUAUACUAUACAAUCAAUCAGAGUAUUGAGCUAAUGAAAUGGAAAUCAGUACUAAGCUAUCAUCGUUUUUGUGACAAUGUUACCAAAUAAAUAAAAGACAAGGAAA